AUGACUUGCACCGGUUUAGAAUCAUCAACAUUAUCAACAUUUUGUACUAAAGACGCACAAGUUAACUUCACGACAUCACCGACCCGAAUGGAAAAUACAAUGAGACACACAAAAAAUGUUCCCUAUCAACAAGAACAAGAAACUAAUGAACAUCACAUUUUUUCCUGUGCUAAGGGUGAAAUUGGUAAUUUAUCUGACGGGAAAUUGGAGUCAAACCAACAACAGAACAGAGACUACAUACAACGAAUAAAAGAAUAA